UCUGGGUUGGAAGGUCGCCUGCCCUACUUCCUGUCCUCAGAUGAGUUGCUAUCUUCUCCGGCCCGGACUGGAGGGCGGCUUGGGGUCCUGGCACGAGGUGAGAGCCGGGGCGAGGCGAGUAGAAAAAUGAACCGAGCAGGAGUGCUGAAGUUGGAAAACCUGGUCCAGUUACACUGUGCUUGCCGCCAGCUGCAUAGUCUGCCUUACCGGGAGGUUCACAGGGCACAAUGGAAGCCUGUGCACUCAUCUGCACACCCUACAUUGCCAGCUCAGCUGUACCCACAGCUCUGGCAAACAGACAAAUUCGGCAGUGUUGCAUUAUUACAAUAUAGGCUUCUAGCUACAAACAUGUGGGAAAAAAAAGAAAAACGGAAAUUACCAUCAGUACAACCUAAAGUUAAAAAAGUAGUAGUAGAAAUAUGGAAUAACAUGACUGUUGAAGAACUUGCAGGAGUUAUGAAAAAAGGCAUAGACCAUGUUUAUGAAGCCCUGUUGAACACAGACAUUGACCUAAAGUCACUAACAUCAAAAUCAGUCUUAAAAGAAGUGUGGGUAAAGGAAGCUAUUCAAAAAUCAGGGAUGAAAUACAAGUGGGCAGGAGUAAACAGAGGUAAAGAGGAAAUGAGAGAAAAUAAAGAUGCUGUAAAAAGGCCUCCUGCAGAUCCAGCUUUGUUAACCCCACGACCUCCAGUUGUUACUAUUCUGGGCCAUGUUGAUCACGGGAAAACAACUUUACUUGAUGGUCUGCGAAAAACUCAAGUGGCAGAAAUGGAAGCAGGAGGCAUCACCCAACAUAUUGGUGCCUUUCUUGUUCAUCUGCCUUCUGGGGAAAAGAUAACUUUCCUUGAUACUCCAGGACAUGCUGCCUUUACAGCAAUGAGGGCAAGAGGUGCACAUAUUACCGAUAUUGUCAUACUGGUUGUAGCAGCAGACGAUGGAGUAAUGGAACAGACUGUAGAGUGCAUUGAUCAUGCUAAAAAUGCCAAAGUCCCAAUCAUCCUUGCUAUAAACAAAUGUGAUAAACCUGAAGCUGAUCCUGAAAAGGUGAAGAAAGAAUUGCUGGCAUAUGAUGUGGUUUGUGAAGAUUAUGGGGGUGAUGUUCAGGCUGUAAAUAUCUCUGCACGUAAGGGUGACAACCUGAUGGCCUUAGCAGAGGCAACAGUUGCUCUUGCAGAAGUGUUAGAACUGAAGGCAGACUUCACUGGCCUCGUCGAGGGAGUUGUAAUAGAGUCUCGCACAGAUAAAGGAAAAGGUCCAGUAACCACAGCAGUCAUCCAGAGAGGAACACUGAGAAAAGGCUGUGUCCUAAUUGCUGGGAAAAGCUGGGCAAAAGUGCGCCUGAUGUAUGAUGAAAAUGGUCAAACAAUGGCUGUUGCCACUCCUGGCUUGCCAGUGGAAAUCAUGGGCUGGAAGGAAAUCCCAUCAGCAGGAGAUGAAAUUCUUGAAGUAGAAUCUGAGGUACAGGAAGGAAUACUUAAUGGACUGUUUAUGCCACAAUAUGAAGUAUAGGCCAAACUUGGUACAAAAUAGUAAAUGAAUCAUAGUAACUGAAGGCAGUCUGACCACUGCCUUAAACCAGUGGCUGGAGGCCAAACCAAUGGUAUUAAAUGUGGCCCAAAAUUUGGUUAUCCAUAAAAAUAAUAGUGAAAUUGCUGGAAUAUUCUAUUUCUGUCUUCCCUCUUUCUCCCACCACUUGCAGCGCUUAACUCCUUAUUCUUCUCAAUACAUCUAGGUUAAGCUCUUGUACAGCUGAAUGAUGAAAAUCUGCCUGUCCAAGGUAUAGAAGAUUAAUAUUUGGUCCCAUAUUCCUCCCAGUUCUUGCCAUCAUCCUGUCUGACCUGCAGGUGGCAUCCUUUAAGAUGUUACUUUCGGAUAGAUUACCAAUUUCAUCCUGAAUGCCUGUCAGAUGACUCUAAAGUUUUUGUUUUUUAUUCUUUAAUGUAUCACAAUGACUUUACUCCCAAAUAGUUUAGGCUGAGAGUGGUCUGGCUAUUCUUACUUGAUUUAUUUUUUAGAAUGAGAAAACUAGUUUAAAAUGUAAGCAUCAAUGGGCAUCAGCUAUGCUGAUGUAGGCUGUACCAGAGCUAUUGCAGAUGAAUACAGUUUGGAUCAUGAGAACAGUAACAUAAUUCUUAGGAGUUCAGCCCCUCUUCUGGCUCCUGCAAGGGUAUUAAGUAUCUUAUCUCAUCCUUCUCUUUAGCGAGAUUGUGAUCAUAUCUUAUGAACUGAUCACUUUGUUUUUCAAAUGCUUGCAGGACUGUGUACACAUUUGGAUAAGCAGGUCUGCCCUCCAGUUUUUCUGCACCUGUUAAAUAGUGGAAUGACCCAUUGUGGGGGAUGCAGUAGUUGUUUCCUAGCAGCUUUCACCUUUUAUUUCUAAAUAAAAAUACCCAUCUCCAAGGUUCAUGGAGGCUCCCCCCCCCAUUAACCUAUCAACUGUUAUGUCUGCCAUAGGGAUGAAGAUGUAGAGCAUUACUGGGAUAUCUGUUCUUUGCAGGGGUACUGAUAAAGAUUUUUUUUUUUUUUUUUU